CAAUCAACAACGAAAGUACAGAAUCAGAAAUCAUUCACAAUAYAGCAAUAUUGUUUUGAUUUCCUGGAACACUGAACUCAGGCAUGGAAAGAGGAUGAAUAUUCUUUGACCUUAUUGCGUUGAACCUUCGUGCCAAUAACGAGCCAGAAAAUGAGAAUCCAGCGACUCGAUCAGCAGUUUUGACAGAGCGAGAAGAAAAGGGACCGGCAGAARAAGAAAUCCGAGAGAAUAGUCAGCACAGAUCAUGUCGGGAUUGUCUUCUGCCUUCCAUAACGAGCGUUCCCAUAGAUUCAAAGGUCACCAAACGACRCGAGCAAUGAUACGUGUKUUCUUGAUGCUUGGGUUUCUUGCGGGGAUUCCGUUUUCCUCCUCGUAUGCAACUCCGAUUUGCCACCACACGUUGUCGUCUMCCACUUCGGUGCUGUUUUCAACACCUAUGRCUCGACCACUUGCRGAAGCAGGCUUCAUCGACAGAGGGUUUCGCGGGAGCAGAGCUUUUGGUGUUCCAUCAGGGUUGGAGCGUUGUUUUUGGCAACCAAGGUUUCGAUCCACCACUGAACACCGAUCSGUGUUUUGCAAAAACCAAAGUUUGUAUUCGGCUGGUGCCGUUUCCGGUAGCGCCUCCUUGUUUUCGACAGGCAGCGACAAUACCGAAGGAAAUGACCUCGGAGAUCGCGAUGGGGAUGGUGAAAAGAUGGACGAGGCGACAAAGAGAAAAGGGCUGCCCGCAGUCGUUUCGGAUUUCUUGUAUGGAGCAAACUACGUUCACAAAAACUUUUUGAAACUGAGUGGGUCGUUGUACGCAAAAACGAUUUUUUUCACCGCACCGUUCGUAGCGGUCUUUUUCGUGUUGCUGCCAUCGCUCGUGCUGAGCUSGGGUUGUGGCCAUCGAGCACUGGCAGUGAGCGUUCAGCGAUUCUUGCAACAAUUUUUCACGAUCCUGGCGGAUUUGUCUCUGAGGUUCUACCUCAAGCCGUUGUUCUUCGUAGUAGAUUUGGUGUAUUCUAUUGCUGUGGCAUUCUGUAGAAGGAAUCUCGCUCCAAACAAUGUCGGCGGCGCGUGGAGCAUCAGGUCGAACGAAGCGAAAAAGAAAUUUUAUCUCCUYAUUUUCCUGAGUCCGAUCAUGGAAGAACUCGUCUUUCGACUCGGAUUUUACAAGUUGUGGAAAGCAAUGUUCCGACCGGUCAACUCCGAUGGCAGCAGAGGAACACUCACUAAUGGGAACGACGAAACAACUCGCAACCGUGAAACGAGCAACCAGGAAAUACUAGCUUCUUCUUCGGACGAAAGAAACACUCAACGCGGAACGAARACCUGGUUCAUCGCCAGCGGUGCGGUGUUUGCCGUUACCCACCUGGUGAAUUUCUUUCCCAUCACACCCGGGAAGUACASGGAYGAUACCGGGACGAUUUUACUGCCCAGUGGGAGUUAUGGAGAACGAUUCCUACUUGCAUUGUUUCCGUCGGGCUUUAUCGAAACCCACAGAGAGUUUUGUCUAGUGGAUAUGGUUUUGUUUGGCGCGAUCUUUCAGGGAAUGCAUUGUUUCAUCAACACGAUUGUGAUGUAUGGACCGCUAUUUCACACGCGGGGGGUGUUUGCAUCGAUCGGUGCCCACAUGGCCUGGAACGCCAACGUCUUUUGGCUGAUCACCAACAUCAAAUGCCGUCUCGUUCGACGACUGGUUUUUGCUCCACUUUUCAGAACGAUCCGACAGCGGCGGGAGGGGGAACCAAAACGACGAGUUAAGGGGAAUUCACCCAACGACAACGGCAAAGGAUAACUCGGAGUUACCAUUUUGUCAAAACCUGACACAGAAAUGGGCGAACUAUGCUAUGUCGAUGCCAAAAGAAUGCGAAUCUAUURUGAGAAAUCAUACCAUCGACUAGAAAUAUUCCAACGGCACAUCACCAUUGUCGAGAUCUCAUACCAAACAUUCUAACCACURCAAAAGGUUCUAUCUUUUGAAAGUCCUCCGAAAAGCAAUCAUGGAAUCAUGGAAUGGUUUCUGCAGUGGACGCAUUCUAC